AUGGUCAAAUCAGAGAUAAAGGGGUUUCACGUGUUACCCGUAAACAUUCCUGGAACAAAGUCAACUCAUUACAUAUACUUUAGGAAACAUGAUUCUCGAACUAAUCCAGACACCAGUAAUAACACGUCGAUCUUUAUGUGCAAUUUACCAAUACUAAGCGAAUUACAAACUAUCAAGAGAUACUUUCAAACGGUAGCUUUAGGCGCAACUAUUGAGAGCUACACCGAAUCAUAUUUGACAAACAGUACAGAAGAUAUAUGGCUAGAUUUGACAAAAUUGACAUCUGAUCUAGAGUUGGGCAAUACCGAUGAAACGGCUAGCAAAUUGCCCAAAAAUUGUGCAAUAGUGUCAUUUGUAGACAAGAGCUCGUUCCAGUUGGCAUUUAACUCGCUAAAGAAGUUAUCAUCAAGUGCCCAGGUUUCUACAUGGCCCAUGAGGGAGGUCACAACCUCAUACUUUCUUGAUUACUAUAAACUGAAAAUCUUGGAUAAAGAAAAGUUAUCUGAAGAAGUGGCCCAAGCGUUAAAAGAUUUCGAUAGUGCGGAGCAGGAGAGUAUUGAGAAUUUGCAAAACCAAGCAAAUUUGGUUGACGAGGAUGGUUUCCAGUUGGUUGUUGGAUCUCAUAGGAAAACAAAAGCUGGUAUACUUGGGAAGCAGAACUUGGCUUCGACCGUUGAAAGUGAAAAGGCCAAGAAUAAGUUGAAAAAGAAAGAAAAACAAGAUUUCUAUAGAUUCCAAUUGAGACAGCGCAAGAAGGAGGAAAUGAAUGAGCUAUUGAGCAAAUUCAAAACUGAUCAGGAGAAGGUUAGAUUGAUGAAAGAAAAGAAGCGUUUCAGGCCGUACUGA